CUAGCUGAAAAGAGAAAGAUUUAGCUAUGCGCUCUGUGCAGAUUGACUUGAAAUCAGUAUUUCUACCUAUUCAAACUACAGUGGUGGUGACAAAGAAGAAGACGAUCAAGAAGACGACCAAGACGACGAUUACGACGGCAACUAUUCGUCCGUGAUAACGGCAGACAUUGUCGCGAUUUAGAUGCGCGAUGGAGUCCAUAAGAAAGUGGUUUUACAGGCCUAAGAGAGACGACACCAGUUUAUUGGCCCAGUUCUUUUACGCCGACGAAUCCUUAAACGCUAUUGCCUGUGAAUUGGAUUCCUUCGAUGGACGCCAGGAACCUGACCGAUGUACCACUUUAGUGAAUCAACUACGUCAUUGUCAGGACAAAGUCCUAACUAUAUGUAAUCAGAUCAUGGAUGAUUUGAUACCAGACAGUAGAGCUAAUCGAGACUUUAGGGUUAAGUUUCCGGAUGACGUGAUGCAGGAAAAUUUAGCUGGACAAUUGUGGUUUGGGGCUGAAUGUUUGGCUGCUGGUUCCUCGAUCAUGAACAGAGAAUCGGAAAGCUCAGCAAUGAGACCACUAGCAACAGCACUCACAAAAUCAUUGGAGAUAGUGAGAAAUUUGCUUAGGGAACAUGCUUUGAAGGGUCACAUGAAUUUAAAGUAUCUUUCUCAGACACAAAAUCCUUUGGAGCCAUCGUUAGAGAAGCUUAUCGAAUCAUUGAAGAUUUUCGAUCGGUUGUUCGCCGAUUUUGAACUUUGUUACGUUGGCGCUAUGGUACCGGUCAAAUCGACGAAGGAAUACGAACAGCAAGAGCUCGUUUGCGUUUUAUUUUCCGAGACUUUGCAAAGGGCCCUCGAACGUGGUUUGCUGAGUCAAGCAGACGUGGAUAAUUACGAACCUGCUUUGAUGUUCACUAUACCACGUUUGGCCAUUGUAUCCGGCUUGUUGGCCCCACCUGGCGGUCCCUUAUGCCUCAAUUCUCCUGAUACUAUCAGCGAAAUGUUCAGGCCAUUCAGGACACUUCUCCUGAAGAUAAAAGAAUUACUUUGGACGCUAAACAACCGUGAACUUUAUAUGUUGGAGAAAUUAUUGUGCUCCAACGAAGAACCCUCGGGUCCAAUAAAUCAGUCGAGUAAAUCAACGUGUCAGGACUUACCCGAUCUCGAGGAAUUCGUUCACAAUUUUUAUACCGGUUAUCCUAAUUGUAAAGACUUCAUAGUAGAUUUCUAUACCGUAACGAGAAACACUGGUAAUAAUAUGGACGAGGUUGCCAACGACGUGGUUGAAGCAUUGGACAAUGAAAAUAAAGACAGAUUAAUGGAGAGGAGAUCGAAAAAAAAGGAACGAGAAAGGAGAAGAAAUAACGAGGAAACAAUUGAUGGGCCUAAGGACUUAAUAAAUAACAUAUCCGUGGAAGGAUGUGAUAACGUAGUAAUUCGAAACGAUAAUAAUGUGACGAUUAAGGUAGGAGAGGAUAAUAGUGAGAGGGAAAGUGUUCGGGAAGAUAUUGUGCGUUGUGACAUAGUACAAAGUAAUAGUUCGAGAGAGAAUAAAGAACAGACGUGUAAUCAUCGCGAUUCUUCUUCUUGUUCCGUAAAACAGAUAUCGCGUGAUAACGGUAGUAACAAUAACAAUAAUAAUAAUAACAAUAAUAAUAAACUUAAUAAUAAUAUUAAUAAAGAAGAAAUAUGUAAUGUCAAGGAAGAAAGUGUAAUAGUAGUUGUAGCAGCACCAACACCACCGGCAGCAACAACAACGGAAGAACAGGAGAAUAUUUUUAGUAGCGUUGAAAGUACGGCGAGAGAGAUCAAUAGGCAGGAGGAAAACUUCCUCACUCCUGACAUUUCUCAAAUGCUCGCUGACUCGGAAAACGUAGAGAUACUUCAAAGUCAGUAUCUACUCAAUCAGGUUUCUCACGAGAAUAAUGUAACAGGUGAAACAGUACACAUUCAAAAUUCUUUACCGGAUUUAGAUUCGAAGAAACUUAUUUCCGAAGCUAACAAAACUCUCUCGAAUCUUUUGUUGGACGGUGAUUGUCAGAAUGAAAUUUCCGAACAAACAGAUUCAGGAAUUUGCACUGUCAUAUCUUCGGAGAACACGAGUUUGUACGAUAAAAGUCCUGAAGAGAAGAAGACGUUCGCUAAUGAGAUUCAAGACGACGAACGUCCUUUGGAGGAUGACACGCAACAAGAGAAUAACAGUUAUUCUUGUUCGAACGUUAAUUCACCGAAAAGAAAUAAUUCUAAUAUUUCGGAUAGUUCUUGCGUGUGUGGUAUAAGAUCGUCAAAAAUGAUAACUCCAUUGGAUCAUCCUAUUGACGUGACACCAUUGAGUCCAACCAGCAACGAUUCGAGUAAAAACAUUCCAAGGAUUUCCUCUAGUUUCGAUGGCACCAACGAGGAGUUCGUAGGAUUGGCGUACGGCAAUGGACAUUUACCACUUUGUGACUCCAAUCAGACGAGCUUUCAAUUAAAUUAUUCGGAAAAUUGGGAGAAUCUUAAUUUAAACAUAGACGCGUCGACCUCGAGAAAAGAAUUCUGGAGUGAUUUAAAAUGUGAGAAUCGUCCGUCUACUUCGCAGAGUAUUGAAAAAAUGGGUAACAAGAUAGAAAGAUACGCACAGGAAAAGGUCGUUGCUAGGAAAGUCCGAGAGGACAAUAAGCAGCAGCAACGACGACGUCAUCAACGGAAGCACGAGAAAGGUCUUCACAAAUGUCAGCAGGUUACCACCACCACAAGUAGUAGUAGUAGAAGUAACCAUUGUGUUCAAUCAACCCCGAGCACUGAAAGUUCAAGGUCUAACUCGAUAGACAGAUGUUUGAAUCCUCGAUUGACGAAUUUCGGUGCCAGCCUGCACCCGAGCCAAAAUACUAGACAGAUGCCAAAUUUUGGUAGUCACAGUCCUCACGCGAGUCCGAGACUUCAACACUUCGAAUCGCGCGAUAACUCGAGACAACGAAAUUAUAAUUUAACUAAAUCCACGAGAAAUUGUUCGCCACAAAGUAGAAAACUGUUGGAUCAUAGAAGAUCUAGAUCAGAACAGAUAGCUCGUAUGAAGAGAAAGGAUUUCGAAAGACGUGACAGAUAUGAAAGACUGAAUUAUCAUCGAUCGGAACAAACUAAGAGAAAACUUGGAAAUAGGAGUCCUAACGACCUGUUGAACGACGGUUUAGGGCCUAGAACUGACAAAAGUGGUUUGGUUACAGAUACGGUAUCAUCACCUCUUACAUCACCUAAUACAUGUUAUAAUAGGCUUGAACAUACAAGAGACAAUAAUUUACAAAGGCCUUCACGUAAUACCACCACUACUAACACCACCAGUACCGCUACUGCUACCACCACCACUACCACCUUAAGACUGGUGAAUCCUUCGAUGGUUACAGCUGCGCAAUCUUUCAAUUCGGAAUCGUCACCAAAACCAGAGGCCUGUGGUUCAAGUUCUAGUUAUUCAAGUUAUUGCGACUCCAGUUCAGAAACUAGCGAAUUUCAAAGUGAUUGUCAGGACGACGAGGAGAUAGCUUUAGCGAUGCAAGCUGCGGAAAUUGCUAAUAGAAAUCAAAUAAGAGCAAAAUUUAGGUCUUCGGAAGAUUUGGUUCAUCGGUUAUUCGUUUGUAUUGCCGGUGUGGCGGAUCAACUUCAAACUAAUUUUGCUUCGGAUCUUCGUAAUAUAUUGAAGUGCGUGUUUCUAAUGAACAGUAGUCAAACGGUAGAAGACGAGGAACCAAAGCAAGAAUGUUUAGUAGCAGCUAAUAAUCAAGCAGCGGUCGUUACGAAUCACACGUUAGGCACAAGUAGCAAUCACGAUCGGCAGAACUCGUUGCAGGAGUACGAAGACGAGGAGGAUAACAUUCCUGUUAAUGAACAAACUUCCCCAGUAAUGGAACGUGGUGAAGAAUGCGUUGAAAGAGCACCCGCGUGGGUGCCGGACAACGAUGCACCUAGAUGUAUGGCAUGUCAAGCUGGAUUUACCGUGGUACGACGUAGACAUCAUUGUAGAAACUGUGGUAAAGUGUUUUGCGGUCGUUGUAGCAGCAACAAUGUUCCUUUACCACGUUACGGACAUACCAAGCCUGUCAGAGUUUGCAAUAGAUGUUUCCUAUACCAGGUGACGCCGUUUACCGUAUCUCAAGUCACACCCACCAGUUGAAUAGAUUAUUAUACGUAUAUAUACAAACUAUUAAUGAAUUUCGAAUUUAAUUACAAAUAUUAUAUUUUACGCUUUUUUUUUUUCGUUUCUUUUCAUUUUUUCUUUUUCUUAUGCAUAAGAGGACAAUAGACGCGAACUUACAAUUAAAGGACACCUAGGAACACACACAAACACACAUAUAUAUAUUAUAAAACAUAAAACAACAAAAAUAACAAAAUAUUGUUUUAUU